GUGGCGUCACUCACGUCCACCAACAAUUUCAUCAACUUCUGCGCCGGCCAGACAAUCCACCAAGGGACCCAAAACCCCCGCGGGACAUGUAAUCCCGCGCCAAUGGGAAUCCUCGUUGCUUCAAAUCGCAUUCCUUCCAGCAAGUUUGUCUUUCCAGCGCACGGAUCAACUCUUCUGUCCAACAGCACAUUCACAAUCCGUCUUGCCUUGUGGAACGUGGAGACCGGUAUCAUCGCGAACGAGACUAGUAACUUUUUGUCAGCGCCGCAGCAGGUGAAUACGUCGGGUCAGGUACGGGGGCAUGCGAGGGUCGUGAUUGAAAAGCUCCACUCGCUCGAGCAAACGACCGUCACGGAUCCUACGUGCUUCGCCUUUUCGCGGACGCUCGAACCGCAGACAGGUGUGAAGGAAUUGAGAGGGAACGUUACAUACGGGCUGCCAGCGGGGUUUUACAGGCUCUCGUCUGUUGUUGUUGCGAGCAAUCACCAGCCAGUGCUCCUGAGCGUUCUGCAGCACGGGGCUAUCAACGAUGCGGUAUAUGUAAGUAAGCCUCGUUCCUUAGCACUGCGCGAUCCCCAUGCUCAUUUUUAUUAG